AGAGAGAGAGAGAGAGAGAGAAGGAUAGAGUGAGAAAGAGAGAGAGAGAGAGAGAGAGAACAACGGCGGUGGAGGAGGUGGAGGUUGAGUCUGAAGGGAAGAUGGAGAACAGAGACGAUAACUUCAACAUUUUAUUAGCUACGGACUCCUAUAAGGUCACACACUAUAAGCAGUAUCCUCCGAACACGAGUAAAGUAUACUCGUACUUCGAGUGUCGCGAGAAGAAGACAGAUCCUACCAAGACCCGGAAAGUUAAAUAUGAGAAGACUGUUUUCUACGGCCUGCAGUACAUUCUUCAGAAGUAUCUAAAAGGGAAGGUCGUGACCCCUGACAAGAUCCAGGAGGCGAAGGAGGUUUAUCGAGAACACUUUCAGGAUGAUGUGUUUAAUGAGAAAGGCUGGAACUACAUCCUCGAGAAAUACGACGGUCACCUGCCCAUAGAGAUCAAGGCCGUGCCGGAGGGAAGUGUGAUUCCUCGUGGAAAUGUUCUGUUCACUGUGGAGAGCACGGAUCCGGAGUGCUACUGGCUCACUAACUGGGUGGAGACUAUCCUGGUGCAGAUCUGGUACCCGAUCACCGUGGCGACGAAUUCCCGAGAGCAGAAGAAGAUUUUGGCUAAAUAUCUGCUGGAAACGUCUGGAAACCUGGAGGGACUGGAAUAUAAACUCCACGACUUCGGAUACAGAGGAGUUUCAUCACAGGAGACGGCUGGAAUCGGAGCUUCAGCACAUUUAGUAAACUUUAAAGGAACCGACACCGUCGCCGGAAUCGGAGUGAUUAAGAAAUACUACGGAACGAAAGAUCCGGUGCCGGGUUUUUCUGUACCGGCUGCAGAACACAGUACGAUCACUGCCUGGGGGAAGGACCACGAGAAGGACGCCUUCGAGCACAUCAUAAAGCAGUUCCCCUCCGUCCCCGUCUCCAUCGUCAGCGACAGCUACGACAUCUACAACGCCUGUGAGAAGAUCUGGGGGGAGGAUCUGCGGGCGCUGGUGGAGAUGAGGAGUCCGGACGCUCCGCUGGUGGUUCGACCGGACUCUGGAAACCCUCUAGACACCGUGCUGAAGGUUUUGGAGAUUUUGGGGAAGAAGUUUGCGCCGGUGGAGAACUCUAAGGGCUAUAAAGUUCUCCCCCCGUAUAUCCGGGUGAUUCAGGGCGACGGCGUGGAUAUCAACACUCUACAGGAGAUAGUGGAGGGGAUGAAGCAGCACAGGUGGAGCAUCGAGAACAUCACGUUUGGGUCGGGAGGUGCUCUCCUGCAGAAACUCACCCGGGAUCUCCUCAACUGCUCCUUUAAAUGCAGCUACGUGGUGACGAACGGACUCGGGGUAAACGUGUUUAAAGAUCCUGUAGCAGAUCCUAAUAAACGAUCGAAGAAGGGACGUCUGUCUCUCCACAGGACACAGAGCGGACACUUCGUCACUCUGGAGGAGGGGAAGGGUGAGAUGGAGGAGUACGGAGUGGAUCUGCUUCACACAGUCUUCCGUGACGGAGAGAUCGUGAAAAAGUACACGUUCGACGAGGUCAGGGACAAUGCCCGGCUCAGCGAAGUGGAGGAUCUUCUUCAUUAAACUCCUCCUUCUUCUCCUCCUCCUCCUCUUCCUCCCCUCAUCCUCCUUUCCUCUUCAAACACCUGGGUGGAGCUGGAGACCUUUACACCACCUACAACCCCGAGCACUGACCAGAGAGAGAGAACGAGAGAUAGAUAGAUAAAAAGAGAGAGAAAGAUAAAGAAAGAGAGAUAAACCCUCACUGCACCUUUAUUCUGUUCUGUGUACAGAGCUGUUGUAUGUUUCAGUUUUGCAGAAUCUAUAAAGCUUCGAUGUCUCUUUAAAAUGUUGGCGUAUUUGACCAAGAGUCGCCCUCUGAUCACGAGAUCUUCGAGAGAAAGAGAGAGAGAGAGAAAGAGAGAGAGGGUACCACUAUAAAAUAAGACUACCUUUAUAAAGGGUUUAUAAAUGGUUUACAGUUAGUUAAUUAAUGGUUACUAAUUAGGUUGUAAAUGCCUCAAAAAUCAUUAAUAAUCAGUUAUUACACAUACGUAGAUUUUUGGAUACAAUCCGGGUAAGCACCCGAACAUCCCUUUCAGACAGCUUCCUCUUACAGCGUCCACAGUUAAUCCUGUUGGAUGUGUUGGUCCUUCUUGGUGGUAUGCUGACAUCACCCUGGAUACCGUGGCUCUUGAUGCAUCACAAAGACUUGCUGUCUUGGUCACAGAUGCUCCAGCAAGACGUGCACCAACAAUUUGUCCUCUUUUGAACUCUGGUAUGUCUCCCAUAAUGUUGUGUGCAUUGUAAUAUUUAGAGCAGAACUGUGCUCUUACCCUGCUAACUGAACCUUCACACUCUGCUCUUACUGGUGCAAUGUGCAAUUAAUGAAGAUUGAACACCAGGCUGCUCCAAUUUAGCCAUCAAACCUAAAAUCCCACACUAAAAUGAUGACAGGUGUUUCAGUUUCGUUGUUUAACCCCUGUGUAUUGUUGCCCUUUCUACGUAUGUGUUAUAACUGAUUAUUAAUGAUUAUUAAAGUUAUUAACCAUUAGUAAACUAAUUGUUAACCAUUUAUAAACCCUUUAUAAAGGUAGUCUUAUUUUAAACUGGUAUCAAAGAGAGAAAGAGAGAGAGAGCGAGAGAUCUUCUGUGUGUAAAAUGUAUAAACCAAAAGAAGGUGCAGGCAUUUCUUUCUUUUCUUUCCUGUAGGAAUGAGAGCUAAUCGUUAAAUGUUGUGGAAUGUGAUUUUGUCGUGUGUUCAGACUGUUUUCUCCUUGAUUUCUGAGGAUUAUAUUACUGUAUUCCUUUAUGCAAAUCGCGACGGCUGAUCUGAUGUGGGGGGAAGCACUUUUCCACUUUGUCGUUUGUCGUUGGCCUUUAUUUUAUUUUAUUUUAUUUUAUUUUAUUUUGUUUUGUAGGUUAAAGAGACCAUUUCCCUUCUGUAGAGGAAACAAUCUAUAAAUACUGUCGGAUCACGUCAGUACGUCAACUGGAAAAAACACAAAACUCAUCUUUUUUAGUACAAGUAUUUGAGUAUUCAAGUAUUUGAGUAUUCGGGCAUUCGAGCAUUUGAGUACUCGAGUAUUUGAAUAUUCGAGUAUUUGAGUAGUCAAGUAUUUGAGUAUUGGGGUAUUUGAAUAUUGGGGUAUUCGAAUAUUUGAGUAUUUGGGUAUUCGAGUAUUCGAGUAUUUGAGUAUUUGGGUAUUCGAGUAUUUGUGUAUUCGAGUAUAUGUCACUAGCCUCUGUUUUCUAUGAUUUAGAGAACAAAUAAAAGCGUCUGUUUUAUUAUUAUGAUUAUGAUUAUUAUUACUGUGUAUCAGGAAUCAUUUUAGAAGAGCUUGGUUUUAAUAUUUUGUAUACUCACUGUUAAGCUUCAGUCUCUCCAAAGUCAUUAUUUUUUAUGACAGAGUUACACAUCGCCAGAACUCUCACGGUAAAUAUCCAUAGAAUAAUUAAAUAAAUGAAUAAAUAAAUAAAACAACAGUGGCCAAACGCUCCCGUCUCUCUUGUAAAUAAGGUUUAAUUGUUUAAAGUUUAAAGAGAGCUGGUUGAUUAGUGGGAAUAGAGAUGUAUUAUUCUUAUUUUUGUCUAAAGCCCAUUUUAUACCAAACAAUCCAUCUGCUUCAUUAUUUUCAUUAUGACUGGAUUUAGCCUCUGGGAUGCGGAUGUGUGUGAGAUGUGUGAAAGUGUGUGUGUGUGUGUGUGUGUGUAUAAUAUGUGUGUGUGUUUUAAAAUUGGUCAAUUAUACCAAUCUGUUAUUUUUGAUUAUUGAUUAUUGAUUGAUGAUUUAUGUAAAUGUCUGACGGCCACUAAGGUUUCUUUGCUCCUCUGAUAAUUUAAAUGAACCAAGUAGUUCCAGUGUUUCAGCUGCAGCAUAUUAAACUCCCUCUCUGUCCUCGCCAAGAUCUAUUUAUUAUUAUUUCUUCUGUUUCUGGUGUUUAAAGUGUGUCAGGGGGGAAAAGAUGAAUGCAUUCCCUUUUAUAUCUGAUUCUCUCCAUAUCUGACGAGCAUUAAAUAAUCUGAUCACAUUAUACAGAGUUAGAUUGUGUUAGGAACAUUACUGAGACUUUCAAAUAAAAACUAGUUUCAUGGUG